AAAAAAAUUCCAUUUGACAUCUCAAAUUACAAUACUUAUCUUUUAAAAUUAUUAAAACCUCAAAACAGAAACAGUAGACAACUGUCUUUUAUAUAUAAACAAAAAUUGACCCAUUUCAACGAUUAGUACAAUUGUACAAGGUUAAUAAUUGUUGCUUCAAUCUCAAUCUACUACUGCUAUUACCUUCGAAUUAUUACAACCAGAUCUUGAAGUUGGAUUUUCAGUGAAAAAAGUUCAAGAAAAUGGCAAUGUUGAAGAAAUGUGAAAAUCUGGAAUUUGGGCUUGUGAGAAGUACCUCAUUUGGGAGGAAAAGAGUUUGUUUGCCUAAUAUUGAGGAUCUUGAUUUCAUUUCCACAACACCUAAGAAGAAAAUUUGCAGACAAAAUUCAUUUUCCAGUUUUGUGAAGUCCCCUCUUGAAGCCUUGCCUCAAGAUAUCCUGAUUAGGAUAGUGUGUGGAGUUGAUCAUGAUGAUUUAAAGAGGCUGUUUCAUGUAUCAAAACCAAUUAGAGAAGCGACAUUGGUUGCAAAAAGAUGGCAUUUUGAAUAUAGCACACCAAGAAAGACUGUUGGUUUUAAGAAUGCUACUGAUUUGGAGAAUUUGAGUGAGUCUACUGAUGCUGAAGUGCCAAAUGCUCCUAGGCAAUCGAGGUUUCCGAGGUCUAGAUUAAGCCGGAAGAAACUGGCUGAAAUAUCUGUAGCCUUGUUCACAUCAGAUGGCGAAGAAAAUUGGCCACAGAGAGAGUUGUUUAUGCAAAUGGACACCGAGAUAUAGAUCUUGUAUCGGAUUCUUUAUUGGUACUACAACAACAGCAACAACAAGUACGCUUUCAAUCUCAAGCGAUGAAUCCUCACUGUUUAGUCGCUCCAUUUAAGCCCGUCUAAGGGACAAAUUCUUUAUAGGUAUUGUUGUAGAAAUCAUAGUAUAAAAAAAGAAGCGCUUGAUUUGAUAAUGCUUAUCAAAUUUCAGCUGCUUUGUGUACAUGUUACAACAAUCUUUACAAGCCACAUUGUUCUUCAACACUUCCAUUGAAGAUUGGGUGGCUUGUUGUAUUUCUUUGAACUUGUAGAGAGGUUGAUUUAGGGAUUUUGCUUGUAUAUAGUAAUCUGUCCAUUGUGGUAUGAUUUGUUAAGUUAAAUGAAUAAAUAUGUAUUCCUCUUUCAUUCAAA